AUGGAGGAAUACUUGCAAUACAUGAAAACUCUUCGCACUCAGAUGAACGAUGUUGAAGAUCAAGCGGCGAAGAUUUCUGUUGAGGAGCAAAUGCAAAUUACUACUAUUCACACUCUCGAGAAAGAUCUCAACUCAGCGAAAUCGGAAACGAAGCGAGUUGUGGAGGAGACUGAUCAAUUGGUUAAGAGUAAAGCUGAAAUAUGCUCUAAAAUUUUGGAGUUGCAGAAAAGAAUUACCUCUUUGGAAUCUGAUUCCUUCAACUUGUCCCAGACUUUGGAACUUACUCGACAAGAGAAAAGCAAUUUUACAGCAAAAGUGCUUGAAAAGAGGGCGUAUUAUGCCAAGGUUGUUGAGGAUAUGAACUCUAAAUUGCAAGAACAGAAGGACUGGCUGGAUAAUAAACGGCGUAAUGAGGGAGAUGAGGACAAGAUGCUUUUGCUGGAAAAAUUGCACACUGCACAAUCUAAGCUUGAUGAGGUUAUCUCUGCAAAAACCAAACUGGUUUCAGAAAACAUUGAGUUGAAGCAAUCCAUCGAGCAGUUAAAGAGUGAAAUAAAUAAUCUCAAGCCAGAGUUAAGUGCCACAGAAGUGAUUACGCUGGAAGAGGAACACAAGGCUCUCUUGUCUGAGAAGAAUGGGGAAAUGGAGUACAUGCAGAGUUUGCAGAACCAACUCGAGAAACUAAGGGUACAUGUCAAAAUGCCUUUUAACUUCUCUGCAGUUGCAUGUUUGCUAAAAUAUACGUUGUUUGCUUUUAAUUAUUAUGUACUGAUAAAAGAUGGCAUGAUCAUAAAUGUCAAGGUGUACUGA